AGUGCACCUGUCAACAACUCAAAUUUAAUUUUGGUUAUUUACAAUUUUUGUUGAUAAUGUUUUUAUUUUAAUUUUACAAUUAAAACACGUGGAAAUGAAUCAGGAAAUUAAAAAAGGCACAGCAAUCAUUCACGGCAAAGUUUCGACCUCGAAUAUGGAAAAAGGGAGAGUCACGUACUGCACCGACUUGGAAAAGUCCGUGAUUAUGACCAACUUCGAAAGACGUGGCUGGACGCAAGUCGGCCCUGAAGACGAAUGGAAUUUUUACUGGUCCUUCACAACGAAUUGCCGGAACAUUUUCAGUAUCGAAAGCGGAUAUAGGAUGAACGACAACCAAAUGAUAAAUCACUUUCCUAACCACUACGAGCUGUCCCGCAAAGAUUUAUUGGUGAAAAAUAUCAAGCGAUACCGUAAAGAAUUGGAGAGAGAAGGCAAUCCUCUCGCUGAGAAAGUGGAGGUCCCGUUACCUAACGGGCAAAUUGUGACACGUUACAUCCACUUAGAUUUCAUUCCAGUCACUUAUGUGCUACCCGCCGAUUACAACAUGUUCGUUGAGGAAUACAGAAAAUCUCCGCAAAGUACGUGGAUUAUGAAACCGUGUGGAAAAUCGCAAGGGGCGGGGAUAUUCCUAAUAAAUAAACUCUCGAAACUAAAGAAGUGGUCGCGAGAAGCAAAAACUCCGCUCCACCCGCAACUUAGCAGCAAGGAGUGUUAUGUAAUAUCGCGUUACAUUGACAACCCUCUCUUGAUCGGCGGCAAAAAAUUUGAUCUACGUCUGUACGUGUUGGUAACGUCGUUCCGCCCGCUGAAAGCGUAUUUAUUCCAGCAUGGAUUUUGUCGGUUUUGCACUGUGAAAUAUGAUACAAGCGUUACAGAGUUGGAUAAUAUGUAUGUUCAUUUGACUAAUGUGAGUGUUCAGAAGCAUGGCGGAGACUACAACAGCUUGCACGGUGGGAAAAUGAGUAUUCAGAAUUUCCGUUUGUAUUUGGAGGGAACUCGGGGCAGGUCGGUUACAGAGAAAUUGUUCACUGAAAUGCAGUGGCUUAUUGUGCACUCUCUGAAGGCUGUGGCGCCUGUAAUGGCUAAUGAUAGACAUUGUUUCGAGUGUUACGGCUAUGAUAUCAUAAUUGACAACAAUUUGAAGCCAUGGUUGGUUGAAGUGAAUGCGUCGCCUUCUCUGCAAUCCACUACACAUAAUGACCGGAUUUUGAAGUAUAAGCUAAUUGAUAAUAUUGUGUCGGUCGUUGUACCACCAGAUGGCAUUCCUGAUGCGAGGUGGAAUAAGAUACCAACAGCUGAAUCACUUGGUGACUUUGACCUGUUAAUUGAUGAAGAGCUGAUAGAAAGAGAAGAUGCUAAUUCCCGGUACAAUAAAUUCCACCGCUUUAGACAAUAGUUUUUAUUUUUUUUUAUUUGUAAUUUUUUAAUAAAUUAAUUUUGACACUUAAGUACAUAUUUAUUUAGUUUAGGCUAAGAUUACCUACAACUGCAGAAUACGAGUGACUUAUAUUUUGGGCACCU